AUGGGUUGUGUUGGGUUGGGUGAGAGCGAGGUCCCAAUGGCUCUUCAAACCUCAUUGCUUGAUUCUGUCCUCCGAAUCCCUCCCGCCAAAAACUGGCCAAGCCCAAACAUUCUUAUCCUACGCACACCCUGUGUUAACGUACACCCAUCUUCCUCCCCACUCCCAAUUCUCUCCCGGAAAAUCUUUCCUAAACCCCUCAGAGCUUCGACGCCCCAAAAAUACGUUUAUCCUGACCCAAUUCCCGAGUUCGCCGAAGCUGAGACCGAGAAGUUCAGGGUCGAGCUUCUCAAGAAGCUAUCCAAGGAGGACACGUUCAGAGAUGACCUCCAUGCGGUUGUAGCGGUCUGUGCACAGAUAUUUAGUGAAUUCUUGCACAAGGAGUAUGGAGGACCUGGGACACUAUUAGUUGAGCCUUUCACAGAUAUGUUGGUUGCUCUCAAGGAAAAGAAGUUGCCUGGAGCACCUUUGGCUGCCCGAGCAUCCCUGUUAUGGGCACAAAACUAUGUUGAUCAAGACUGGGAAGUCUGGAACUUGAAACCGAAACCACCCAAGUGACUGUUUUUCAAUAUUUUUUUUCUUUUCCAAGUUUUCCUCCUGUUGUAUACUAUCUACUAUCUCCUAUCUAUCAAGAAGAUACUCCACCACAAACUUAAGUUUUAAAAACAACGUCUGAUCCAUUGCACUUUCUUAGCUAUACAGAGAUCUUAUUUACUCAAAAUGGUUGGAAUGUGGGAUUUGUUGACAGUGGCUUAUAACAGCUUGGUACUACCACUCUCCUGGAUGUCUUGCGUCUUUGUUUCCAGGUUUGAGGAAGACCAGCAGUGAAUGUUUUGUGGCUGUCCAUUGCAGUUUCCACUGGACAUCCUGCAAGUUAAAAUUGGAAGAAGAAUCAGCUUCCAGCCUCAGAGAUGCUCUGCAAUGAGGGUCGCCAUGAUUUUGACCUUGCCGCUGCAGCAGAAGUCGUUGAUGCUGUCCUCGGUCGGUGUCUUUCAUGGUUCACCACCUGGAAUUUUGUUACAAAUUGUAGCAUUAGUUCAUGUUUCAUCACCAAGACACUUUGAUCUGCUGUCAUACUCUAUUCUCUCUAAUAUGAAGGUGGGCACAUUCUAUCA